GCACCAGAUGUGACCAAGUCACGGAAACUGAAAACCGAUCAUCUGUUUCAUGUAGAUGACCAUGAUUUCACCAUGAGGCCAGCAUUUGGAGGCCCUGCAAUUCCUGUUGGAGUCGACGUACAAGUUGAGAGUUUGGACAGUAUUUCAGAAGUAGAUAUGGAUUUCACAAUGACCUUAUACCUUAGACACUACUGGAAAGAUGAACGGCUGUCCUUCACCAGCACCACAAAUAAAAGCAUGACCUUUGAUGGACGACUGGUGAAGAAAAUCUGGGUGCCUGAUGUGUUCUUUGUCCAUUCUAAGAGGUCUUUCAUUCAUGACACCACUACAGAGAAUAUCAUGCUUCGAGUUUUUCCUGAUGGUCAUGUACUUUACAGUCUCAGGGUCACUGUAACGGCCGCAUGUAAUAUGGACUUUAGCCGCUUUCCUUUGGAUUCACAGACUUGUUCACUGGAACUGGAGAGCUAUGCCUAUACCGAUGAAGAUCUGAUGCUGUACUGGAAGAGUGGGGACGAGUCUCUCACCACAGAUGACAAGAUUUCCCUCUCACAGUUUCUCAUUCAGAAGUUCCACACUACCUCUCGGCUGGCUUUUUACAGCAGCACAGGAUGGUACAAUCGGCUGUACAUAAACUUCACUCUUCGGCGCCACAUCUUUUUCUUCCUGCUGCAGACUUAUUUCCCUGCCACACUUAUGGUCAUGCUGUCCUGGGUCUCAUUUUGGAUUGAUCGAAGAGCUGUGCCAGCCAGAGUCUCACUGGGUAUCACCACUGUGCUCACCAUGUCAACCAUUAUCACUGGAGUGAAUGCCUCCAUGCCCAGAGUCUCCUACAUCAAAGCUGUGGACAUUUACCUGUGGGUCAGUUUUGUGUUUGUGUUCCUGUCGGUGUUGGAGUAUGCAGCUGUCAAUUACCUGACAACUGUUCAGGAGAGGAGGGAACGCAAGCUCAGAGAGAGGUCUCUACCCUGCACAUGCGGUAUGUCCCACACGAGGACCAUGAUGCUGGACGGGACAUACAGCGAAGCAGACACCAACAGCUUGGCCGGUUACACUGAGGCUCCAAUGGUGUCUGAGGAGGAGCCAGAGAAACAUGAGCAUAUGACAGUGACGCUGUCUGUCAGCAGCGAGUCCACAACUACCAAGAAGAAGCGUCUUCGGGCCUUCCAAAUCAUCCAGAACACCCAUGCCAUUGACAAGUACUCACGGAUGAUUUUUCCAGGAUCUUACAUCUUUUUCAACUUGAUAUACUGGUCGGUGUACAGCUGA